AUGCUCGAGGAACUCGUGGAGGCGCAACAAGUGUCCCAACUCGAGCGCCUAUCCAAGACCCGCCGGGGCAGACACGUGCUCGAAAAGCUCGGCAUCACGUACCACACGCAACACGGCAUCAAAGUAGAAAUUCCUAGAACCAUACGCGAGCAACUAUACGUACCCCCAUUGCCUCGCAACAUGCACCCCCAACACCACACGAGGAGACUGGGCGGCGGAUCUGCGGGCUCCGUGAUCGCCAACCGGCUGUCCGCAAACCUCAACAUCACUGUGCUUCUCUUGGAAGCGGGUGGACUGGAGACAUCCUCCCGGCAGAUACCGGUCGUCACAGCCUACAACUUGGGCGGCCACGACGACUGGGCGUACUGGACUGUGCCGCAGAAGAAAGCUUGUCUCUCCUUCCGUGAACAGCGGCCGCAAACCCGCGCACUUGAGGGGGAGCGAUGCCCUUUGCCGCUCGGCAAAGUACUCGGUGGCUCCAGCGUGUUGAACUACAUGGUGUACGUGAGGGGUAAGAAGUUCGACUACAAUCGCUGGGACCAGAAGUACGGAGCCAAGGGAUGGGCGUACGAGGACGUGCUGCCGCACUUCAAUGACAUAGAGGACUAUCGCGUGGGACCGUUGGGAGGUAAUUGGUUCCCACAGAGCGGAAUAGAGAUAUCUACAUCUCCUUUUGUUGCAGAGUGGUGCUCGCUGCCUUGCGUGCAUGGUAUAUAUGUUAAGCCUUGCUGCUCUCGUCUGCAGGCGAACGUGAACUUCGAAGGCAACCGCGCCGUAGGCAUGACGUUCACAAGGUAUGGAAAGACACAAAGCGUGUCUGCUCGACGAGAGGUGAUCCUCUCGGCUGGAACAGUAGGAUCUGCCCAAAUCCUGAUGCUCUCCGGGGUGGGGCCAAAGAAGGAUCUCGAACAGCUGAAGAUCCCGCUGGUGUCUCAUCUUCCAGUGGGGCGCAGCAUACAGGACCACGUGCUCUUCCUUACGGCAAUACCGGUCAUCACCGAUUGGCAGGCUGGCAUACCACUCUUUAGCCUAGACGACAUUGCGCAGUACCACAGCAACAGAACUGCAAAACCUGAAUCUCCGGACAUUCAACUCCUCCUAAUUUCGACUCAACGAGCCAACCAACUAGCCAGAGCCGAGCUGCUCAACUUAGGCUUACUACCAGAGGCUUACGACAGCUACCUGGGCCCCAGAGAUAACGAUCUCGGUUUCAGAUUGGCGGUCAUCAACAACCGGCCGAAGUCCCGCGGUCGCAUCACGUUGCGUUCUUCUGAUCCCAACGUGUAUCCGAACAUCGACUUCCGCAUGAUGGAACACCCUGAUGACGCCAAGGUAGCCGCUGAAGGCGCAAAGGCCUUCAUAGACCAGAUACUAAACACGGACGCCAUGAGGAGCAUCGGUGCGAAGCUGUGGGACAUCACCUUCCCUCCGUGUGCCGAGGCCGGAGCACGGUGGAGCUUGGAGUACAUCGAGUGCCUUUUCCGUCACAUGGCGAAUUCUGCAUGGCACACUUGCUGCACCGCGCCCAUGGGCUGGCAUCAGGCCGCAGUCGUGGACGAACGCCUCAGGGUCCGAGGCAACAUCACGGAUUUACGAGUGGCCGACGCUUCUGUGAUGCCUGACAUUGUGAGUGGCAAUACGCACGCACCAACUAUGAUGAUCGGCAGCAAGGCGGCAGCUAUGAUCAUGGGGGACAACGGUCUGCAAUGA